CAUGAACACCGUGUUCCAUGGUUUGGCUUUGCUUAUCCACUGGCGGAUAUACAAUUAUAUAUUGGAUCGACCAACAUUAAUUAUUUGGCCUAUUUACAAGACUACAGAAUUAACGGUUAUGGGUAUUAACGAACCAACACGGAAUGAUUCCAGUCCAUCCAAAGAAUGAGGCAAACUAUGUACGACGCAGAUCAACGCGAAUCCGCCCGGUAGCAGCCUCACAGCAGCACGGUCUAUUCAUUCCUGGGUCAAUCUGAGCCUUGGACGGGACACAAGCAAGGCUGCAACGUAUCCAUGAAGAUUUCAACUGCAUCAGAAACGCACAAGCUGCAGAAUAUCCAACAUGAAGCUUGCAUGGAACGAAUGUGCCGCACUUACGACAAACCGACAGCAGCUGUGUUGUUUGAUAAUACCAUAGCAAGCCCUGCAAGUGUCCGCAUCUGGACUGGGUUGCCUAUAUUCGGCUACUAGACCGAAACACAAGUCUUGGAGAGAAUAAGGUGGAGGUAUGUUGGCUUUGAAGGACAAUCAUCCCCAAACAUUAUCCCAUGUUCUGCCGUUGCAAGCUGAGAGCCACGCCAAUCAAGAGUUACCUCUAUCGUGUGAACUUUGCCGCUUUUCCUUGUAUAAACGAGCAGAUGUAGGGCUAUUAUAUCUCCUGGAGCCCUCUAAUUCUGUAAUGAGGGAUUCGUCAUGGAUGGUUGCAGUAUCCUAGAGAAUGAAUGUUAGUGAAUGGCUGCGGAACGAGAUGAUGGGUGUAGACGUUAUGGACAUUUCAUCUUUCAUCGAUAGAGUAAAAUUGAUCCAAGAAUCUGGAAAGUCAUUAUCUUUUCUUUUUCUUCUGUUUCUGUUUCUUCUUCUGUAGAAGGUGUACAGUCCCCCUUUCCACCGUGAUAUAUCGCCCCACGGCCAUUACGGUUACGGUUACGCUUCUCCGCCAAGAAGAACCUCCGAACUGCCAACAAUCAUCCUCGAGAUGAACGCCUAGUCUACCCCUCAAACACCAUCCAUCCAUCUGCUAACCAUGCUCUCCGGCAUCCUCAUCUUCAACCAAAAAGGCGAAAAUCUCAUCUUUCGCGCCUUUCGCUCCGAAUGCCGCCCCCGUCUCGCUGACAUCUUCCGCAUCCAGGUCAUCUCCAACCCGCAGGUCCGCUCACCCAUCCUCACACUCGGCUCGACGACCUUCAGCCAUGUGAAACAUGAGAACAUCUACCUGGUGGCCGUGACGAAGAGUAACGCCAAUGCAGCUCUGAUCUUCGAGUUUCUGUACCGCUUGAUUAUCCUGGGGAAGGGGUAUUUUGGGAAGUUUGACGAGGAGGCUAUCAAGAACAAUUUCGUCUUGGUUUAUGAGUUGCUGGAUGAAAUACUCGAUUUCGGAUACCCCCAAAACACCGAAACGGACACCCUCAAAAUGUACAUCACCACGGAAGGAGUCAAGUCGGCGAUCGCCAAUUCCCCAUCUGAUUCGAGCCGGAUUACGAUGCAAGCGACGGGCGCGCUCUCCUGGCGGCGAGCAGGUGUCAAAUACCGCAAGAACGAAGCGUUUGUGGACGUGAUCGAAGACGUCAACCUCCUCAUGUCGGCCACGGGCACCGUGCUUCGCGCCGACGUCAACGGCCAGAUCAUCAUGCGUGCCUACCUCUCCGGCACCCCGGAGUGCAAGUUCGGGUUGAACGACCGGCUCCUCCUAGACGGUGAUGGGUCGUCAUCCACGACGUCUCCGGACGCAGGAUUCUACCGGGAUCGCGGCAGCGGGACGAUGAAGGCCGCGCGGGCGGCGGCGGGAUCCGUCACACUCGAGGACUGUCAGUUCCACCAGUGCGUGAAGCUAGGACGGUUCGAUGCGGACCGGAUUAUCUCCUUCGUACCUCCGGACGGGGAGUUCGAACUGAUGCGCUACCGGGCCACGGAAAACGUCAACCUCCCGUUCAAAGUCCAUCCGAUCGUGCGGGAAGUUGGCACGACCAAGGUCGAAUACAGCGUGGCCAUCAAGGCGAACUACUCGUCGAAGCUGUUCGCGACCAACGUCGUUGUGCGCAUCCCCACACCGCUAAACACGGCCAAGACGACGGAGCGCACCUCGCAGGGUCGCGCCAAGUACGAGCCCGAACACAACAAUAUCGUAUGGAAGAUCGCCCGCUUCUCCGGCCAGAGUGAGUACGUGUUGACGGCCGAGGCGACGCUGACUAGCAUGACGCAUCAGAAGGCAUGGAGUCGCCCGCCACUCAGUCUCUCGUUUAGUCUGCUCAUGUUCACAUCGAGCGGGUUACUGGUGCGCUAUCUCAAGGUUUUUGAGAAGAAUAAUUACAGCAGUGUCAAAUGGGUGCGGUAUAUGACUCGGGCUGGGAGUUAUGAAAUUCGGUUCUGAGCAUCGUUUUAUCCUGCACUAUUUUUCUCUUUCCCCCGGGGGUUAUCUUUUUCUUUCCAUCACAAAACAGCCUCCGUAUCUGGCGUUAAGGUUUCGUCGGGUGUUCCGGGUGUUUUUUUUUUCCUUUCCAUUUGAGGAAUCAAGUCAUACGGAUGUAGAAUAUAUAUACCAUACCUAGUACCAUACCUUGGAUUCGGGCGCGUGAAGGAAGCAUGUAUUGUAUACUUUAAGCGGGCUUUAAAUAGACAGUUCCAACGCAUAAGACUUACUCGCCCACCCAUGCAACCGUACGGAAUGAUCAAUUUACCAAUUAGGAUGAUAUGAUCAUUGGCAAUGAUACCAG